ACGACGACGAAAACCAAAAUCAACAUAACCUGGAAUUCACGCUCACGUACUUCACGUACAAACCACCUUUUUUCCAAAGAGUUGGCUGGUAAUUGUCAUUGAAAUGGAACAUGAAGAACCCCGUGAUGAUGAAGAAGAAAGGACCAAAAUACGCGAUGAGCUGUCAACCAUGAGCUUUGAGGAGUUACAGAAGCUGAAGGAAAAAUUGGGUACUAAAGUCUAUAACGAAGCUAUGUUUGGCAAAAGGGAAGUUCAUAGGAACCGAUUCAAAAGAGAAAACAAAAACAGGCCAAGAGAAAUGUCAUCGAAGAAACCAGUACCAGUUCUGCAACAAGUUUUGCCUGUAACGAAGAAACCUCCCAGAGACCCACGUUUUGACAGUUUAUGUGGCGAAUUUAAUGAAAAAGCUUUCAAAGCAGCAUAUGGCUUUAUAUCUGAAUACAAGCGAUCAGAGUUAAAACAGCUAAAAGAAGAAUUAAAAACCACGACAGAUCCCACAAGGAAGUCACAAAUUAAAUACCUAGUCCAGCGAAUGGAAAAUCAAUUUAGAGAAAUAGAGCGACAAAAGAAGAAACAAGCAAGGGAAGAAGAGGAGAAGACUGCUCAAAUUGAAGCUAUGAAAGAAGGGAAAACGCCGUACUUUAGGAAGAAAGUGGAAAAACGUAUGGUUGAUCUUAUUGAUCAAUAUGAAGAAUUAAAAAAGAAAGGGAAAGUGUCAAAGAAAAUUGAAAAAUAUCGCCAAAAAAUAGUAGUGAAGAACAGAAAAAAAAUUUCUGGGAAUCAGGGAGGAUUAGAAUAUCGUUCUUAAGUGCUCCUUGUGACUGCCAUUUAACAACAGGCAACAUUGCGGUAUAUUUAUGGAGGAGAAUAAAUUAUAUAUUAAUGUCAUCCCAUCAAACCUGCUUGGGAAAAUUGUGACAAAUGAACUAGGGAUAUAAAAAUAAAUUUCAGUCUUUGGAUUA